CUCAUGUGACCUCCAAUCCAGUCACGUGACUCCGGUUCACUGCGAUGAUCUGUUUAAUACCACAGAGAGAGAUCACUGGCGCUUUUCUCCUCUCUGAAGCUUGAAACCUGCUUCGUUUCCAUAGAAACCACAGGAUAAUGAGGAUGCUGAGGGAAACUCUGGCUCUCCUGUUUCUCUGGGCCUGUCUGGACUCUGCAGCAGCCGCUCGAGGCUGCUCGUCGUUUUUCUGCAGGAAAUCUCACAGAGUCAGCAGUCUGAAUGGAGUGGACCCCGGGGCCCCUCUGUUUAUCACUCCUUAUCUGGAGAAAGGCGCCAUAGAUGAAGCCAGGAAGCUGAGUAUUGUUGGAGAAAUGCCUGGGGCCAAUGUCAAGAGUUACGCUGGAUAUUUCACUGUCAACAAGACCUACAACAGCAACCUCUUCUUCUGGUUCUUCCCUGCAUAUAUGGCAGGCCAGGACAAGGCUCCAGUACUGCUCUGGCUGCAAGGUGGACCAGGUGGCACCUCUAUGUUCGGCCUCUUUGUGGAACAUGGACCCUAUGUGGUUUACCAGAACCUGACUGUUGGUUUGAGGGAUUACGCAUGGACGAGCAGAUACUCAGUUUUGUACAUCGAUAAUCCGGUUGGAACAGGUUUCAGCUUCACUGAUGAUGACAGAGGAUUUGCUAAAAACCAGGAUGAUGUUGGGAGAGAUCUGUACAGUGCUUUAACACAGUUCUUCCAGCUCUUUCCUGAGUAUCAGUCCAACGAGUUCUAUGCAACUGGGGAGUCAUAUGCAGGGAAAUAUGUCCCUGCAGUUUCCUACUACAUCCACAAAAAUAAUCCCACUGCAAAGGUGAAGAUCAACUUCAAGGGCAUGGCUAUUGGGGAUGGACUCUGUGAUCCAGAAUUGAUGCUUGGUGGUUAUGGAGAGUUCCUGUAUCAGACAGGAAUGAUAGAUGAGCUCCAGAAGCAGUAUGUGGACAAACAGACGGACCUCGGCGUAGAACUUAUCCAGCAGCAGAAAUGGGUGGAGGCUUUUAAGGUUUUUGACUCUUUACUGAACGGCGACGUGGAUCCGUAUCCCUCCUUUUUCCAGAAUGCUACAGGCUGCACCAACUACUUCAACUACAUGAUGUGUCGGGAGCCUGAAGACCAGGAGUACUUCUCUCAGUUUGUGACUCUGCCUGCUGUGAGGAAGGCCAUCCAUGUGGGCAACCUGACCUUCCAUGAUGGCUCUGAGGUGGAGAAGCACCUCCUGCAGGAUGUCAUGAAGAGCAUCAAACCAUGGCUGGGCGUUCUGAUGGACAACUACAGGGUCCUAAUCUAUAGUGGUCAGCUGGAUGUGAUCGUAGCUGCUCCUCUGACCGAGAGAUUCCUGCCAACUGUAAACUGGAGUGGAGCAGCCGAGUAUAAAACAGCCCCCCGCUUCCCCUGGCAGCUCCAGCCCACUGACACUGAGGUGGCGGGCUACGUCAGGCAAGUCGGGGAGUUCUUCCAGGUCAUCAUCAGAGGAGGGGGACACAUCCUGCCUUAUGACCAGCCAGCGAGAUCCUUCGAUAUGAUCGACAGAUUUUUGUCAACAAGAGGCUGGGUGUGAAAGGAAAUUCUUAUGGGCUCACGGAACAUAUUGAUUUUAAAGAUGGUUGAUUGUCACAACAAACAAUUUUUUUGUGUAUUUUGUAUAUUUUAUCUGAUCCAUCAACUCUGAGCUCACUUUUUUUAUUUUACACAAAUCAGUUUGAAAAGUUUUGUUUUUGUUUGAUCAGACUUGAGCUUCUGCAAGAUUUUUGUGUGAAUAAACCUAAAAAUAAAGGUGCUUUAAAUAACAUGUCUU